GAAGAAGAAGAAAAACGAAGCGCUGGUCGCCGAAGUUGCUCUAGAAACAGGAGAGAGACUUGACUAGGAUGAUGUGAAUGGCUCUAGCACAAACUCUCUUCUGAGUUAGCUUACAUAAGUUUGAGAAGGUGGUCUUUCAAGCAAGACGUGGACUUUGAAGAAAGCAGCUGUCAAGCAUAUUUAUACCGUAGACGAAACUGCUGAGUAGAAAGUCAGCAUGACCCAACAAGGAGCCGCACUGCAAACAUACAACAACGAACUCGUGAAGUGUAUAGAGGAGCUGUGCUUUAAGAGGGAUGAGCUGAAUAAGCUGAUCCAGCAGGAGGAAGCAGAGAAAGCUCGUCUACAGCAUGACAUCCGCGUGCUGACAGAGAAGCUGAGUCGUGUGAACGAGAGCCUGGCCCACCGCCUCAAUGCCCGCGCUGAAUUCGACCGCACCAUCGCUGAGACUGAGGCUGCAUACAUGAAGAUUCUUGAAAGUUCGCAGACCCUGUUGAGUGUUCUGAAGAAGGAGACGGGGAACCUCGCCAAAGCUGCUGAACCCAGGAGCAGCAAAGAUCAUUGACCUCUAUUGAAUUGUCAUUUUUCCCCCAAAUCUCCCUUUCCUGUGUUGUCGUCUUGUCCACUGUAUUCCCUCCU